UAUGGGUUUUUUUCCCCCUUAAGCCGAAAGAAAAGACGUGAAGAGCCCGUCUUGAGCUGAGCAACACUCCUCCUGGCUGACUCCUCCUAGAAAGCACAAAAAGCAACAGUCUGUUUGGAAACAGACAAUAAAAGGGAAAUGUGAAGAUCCUGAAUGGUUGCAGUGUUGGAGAAGUGAAGCCCUAUAACCUGGAAAGAUGGCGUGGACACAGGCUCGCUUGUUGCUCCCCGCCUUUGCUUUGCUUGGAUUUUUCCUCCUCUGUGUCCCGGUGGAAGGAGAGCUGCAGGGAGAGCAACAGGAGGAGGAGACAAUGUCCUGUCAGGGAGCGUUUGACCUCUACUUUGUUCUGGACAAAUCUGGCAGCGUGAAGCAUCACUGGAAUGAGAUUUACUCCUUUGUGAAGCAGCUGGCAGAGAAGUUUAUCAGCCCCAUGCUGAGGAUGUCCUUCAUCGUCUUCUCCACACAAGGAAAAAUUAUUAUGAAGCUGACAGAGAACAGGGAGGCCAUAACCGAAGGCUUAAGGGCUCUGAACAAUGUUAUUCCUGGAGGAGACACAUACAUGAACCUAGGCCUGCAGAUGGCUAAUGCACAGAUUCGCCAAGAAAACCAGGGUAAGCUCCAUCUGAAAUGCUCCAUCUUUUUUCCCCCAAUGAAAUCUAAUAGCAAAAUAAAGCAAAUAUAUUUUGUGUUCCCUGUAGGGACUGCCAGCGUUAUUAUCGCUCUGACAGAUGGAGAACUGAAUGAGUGGCAGUUCGACACAGCACAGCAAGAGGCACAAAUAGCCAGGUCAUUGGGAGCCAUUGUCUAUUGUGUAGGAGUCAAAGACUUCAACCAGACCCAGCUUGCAACUAUUGCAGAUACCAUGGAACAUGUGUUUCCAGUAACGGGAGGCUUCCAAGCCCUCAGAGGAAUCAUUGACUCGAUCAUCAAGAAGUCUUGCAUUGAGAUUUUGGCAGCCGAGCCAUCCAGCGUGUGUGCGGGAGAGAGGUUCCAAGUGGUCAUUAGAGGCAAUGGUUUUCUCCAUGCAAGAAACAUCAAUCAGGUCCUCUGCAGCUUCAAACUUAAUGAUACGCACACUGUGGAUGAAAGACCCACUGGAAUAGAGGAUACGUUCCUGCUUUGUCCUGCUCCUGUCAUAGAAGAAGUGGGGAGGGAGAUCUACCUGCAGGUGAGCAUGAACGAAGGCCUCUCCUACAUCACCAGCUCUGUUCACAUCAGUACUACUGAAUGUUUUGAUGGCACCAUCGUGCUGAUUUCGCUGCUGGUUGUGUUCCUGCUCUUGGCUCUGCUGCUGAUGUGGUGGUUCUGGCCUCUCUGCUGCACUGUGGUAAUCAAAGAACCUCCACCUCCCCCGCCUCCAGAGCCAGAUUCAGAUGAGGAUGAUGGGAUGCCUAAGAAGAGGUGGCCUACAGUGGACGCUUCAUACUAUGGUGGAAGAGGAGUGGGUGGCAUCAAACGUAUGGAGGUACGAUGGGGGGAAAAAGGAUCGACCGAGGAAGGCGCCAAACUGGACAAGCCAAAAAAUGCAAUCGUGAAGAUGCCGGAGCAGGAGUUUGAACCUUACGAGCCCAAGCCUCGAAAACCACCACGCCGUCCCCCACAGCAGAAGAAGUGGUACUCACCCAUUAAGGGGAAACUAGAUGCACUGUGGGCUCUGUUCAGAAGAGGUUAUGAUCAAGUAUCUCUAAUGAGACCACAGGCUGGAGAUCAGGGUCGCUGUAUUAGUUUUCAGCGGGUCAGAGAUGAUGAUUACCGGGCUCCUCCCCGAAUGCCUCACUCAGCUGCCCUGCCUCCUUCUCCUCCUCCGCCAGCUGAGGAGCGACCUUUAGUCUCCAACUCUGUCCCACGUACAAAGCCUCCAUCAAGAGGACCCCGCACUGCUCCGUCCACGCUCACAGCACCUCCCUGCCGCGCACCCCCUCCCGUGACACGACUCGCGCCAGGCCCACCCCCAGCCCGUGCACCCCCAGGGCCUCUCGGACCCCCACCAACCCGGCCUCCGCCGAGGCUGUAAAGAUGAGGAGAACGGAUGCGAAUACGGUGCAUUGCAAAAGUACUAUUACCGCUUGAACCUUUUCUUUUUAUCACGUUACAACUAGAAACUUAAAUGUAUUUUAGCGGGAUUUUAUGUGACAGACCAACUCUAUGUAACGCAUAAUUGUGAGGUGGGGAAAAAUGUUACCCGAAUUUCCAGUGUUUUACAGAUUAAAAAUCUGAAAAAGGUUUACAUGCAUUUGUAUUCAGCCUCUCACGAGUUUAUAAUCUGUAGCGCCACCAUUUGCUGAAAUUACAGUUGCAAGUCUUUUGGGGGACAAAUAUAAUAGCUGUCCAGAUCUCGAGUCUGAAAUUGUUGCCCAGGCAUAGUUCAAGCUCAAGCUUGAUAGAAUCUGUUGACAAUCACUUUUCUGUCUGGAAGGUGAAGCUCGGCAGAAUGCUACCACCACUAUGUUUUAUGGUGAGAAUGGUGUGUUUAAGGUGUCCAUGGGGAGGUUCUACCUCAGCCCCAGUUCCAAGCUUGUUCCAGGUUUUCCUCCAGUACUGCCCUGUAUAUAGCCCAAUUAAUAUUCCCAUCAACAUGUGAAGUAUUAGCGAUCCUCUACAUAAAGUUUCCGUAAGCUCUAUUUUGGUUUCAUGUGGCCAGAGGACCUUCUUCCACAUUUGCAGUGGACUCUACAUGACAGGUGGCUGGAAACCGGACUUGUUAUAUAUUUUUUUUGGCCGAUGGAUUGAACGGUGCUCUGAGAUGUUCAAAGCUUGGGAUUUUGUUUUAUAACCAAACCUUGCUUUAAACUUCUCCACAAAGUUCUCUAGAAAGCCUCAGAGGCCAUCACAGACCAAAUACUAAUUACGCGACUUCCGAGGGCAAUUAGUGGCACUGGAUUUCAUUUAGGAGUAUCAGACCAAAGAGGGCCGAAUGCACAACAAAAAGUUCAGAUUUUCCACAGUUGUGCAAUACUUAUAAAAUGCUAAUAAAGUGCAAUAAAGUGUGUUGUUGUAACGUUACAAAAUGUUCGAAGUUCAAAGGCUGUUCUUACUUUUGUAAGUGACUCUCAUGUCUACUGUUAACUCACACGCCAAAGUGAAAAAAACUUCCAGGCCAGAAGCUCAGAUGUUUUUGAGCUCUGUGUCUUGUUGCUGGACAGCAAAGUACAUCAAUCUGAUGUCAAAACCUUACAAAAAAAUCAAACAACCACGGAUUCAAUUGUGACUGUUUGUACAGUAGCAUUAUAGUGUAGGUGGGGAGGGUGUUAUCAAACUUUAGAGAUGUUGAAAGUGAGCUAGUGACAGCUGCCAUCUGAAAGUAAACAGAUCUGCAGCACAAUAAUGAGAAGGUGGUGUAAAAUACAGCAUGUAGUCAAAGGUGGUAGCAGAGUCAGUUAUGUUGGCUUUUUUAAUUAACAAUUCAUGCAUUUUUAUACUUUUUCAAACCAAAAAAACCUUUACUUCAACCUACUUAAAAUGUAGUUUUAAUGUUCAACAUCCUUAUUGCAACUGCAGGGCAGUUUCUCAGUAUGUUAUUUAUUGUAAUACAGGCCCUCUUUCCUUUAGCGUCUUAUAGGUUUGUAGGUUUUUAAAUCAUUGUGGGGUGGGGUGCACCAUGGCAGAUAUUAGUGAGCUUUAUGGCACGGCGUCUGAUGUGCUCGUUUGAAUACCUUCAAGUAAAAGAUUGUAUCGAAAAACGCUUAUCUUCAGGGCUCUUUGUAUUCUGCAUUUACUGACUGAAAUGAUCAUUUGCAUUAUUUCUUCAAUAUUAACACGUCUGACUUCAAUAAAGACAUUUCUUUUCUA